AUGGUUUGCUUAGAGUGUAGUAGACAAUCUAGAAGAUCUCGGCAGGGACUGCAAAAGGAAAGUAAGAAGCUGUGCCACGAGAAGGAAGUACCAGACGCUGGUGCCCUUCCCAACCAUGAAGCAGAAACAGUUGCAGAAUUCCUGGUGACCCAACUCUUCAGCCGCUUUGAGGUCCCAGGGGAGUUACAUUCCGACCAGGGCCGAGAUGAUGGCAUUGUGGAGAGGUUCAAUGCCACCCUUGUCACCCAACUAGCCAAGUAUUGUGAAGAGGACCAGCAUAACUGGGAUGAGUGGGUCCCGUACAUGCUGAUGGCAUAUCGUGCAGCAGAACACGAGGCCAUGGGGUUCACGCCCUCACGCCUGAUGUUCGGCCAUGAGAUCCGCCUCCCAGUCGACCUCGCAACAAGAAAACCGCCAGAUGAAGGAUUGCCUGUAUCACACACCGAGUAUGUAAGGACCCUGCGGUGUCGCAUGGUGGAGACCAGGCACCGAACAAGUCAGCACCUCAAGAUAGCAGGACAGGCGAUGGGGCGGUGGUAUAACGAACAGGCCAGGGAUGCAGUGUACUCCCCUGGGGAUCAGGUGUGGUUUCACAGCCCACGCAAGAGGCCUGGGAAGUCACCGAAGCUCCAGAGUCCCUGGGAGGGCCCAUACACUGUGGUAGAAAGGAUAUAUGCCGUCACCUACCGCAUCGCACCUGCGGGAUCCAGCCGGAGAACCAAAGUGGUCCAUGUGGACAGACUUUGGAGGCACUCUUGGAAGUGUGUGUUCACAUGGGGCCCUCAGGUUAGUGACCAUGACAGUAAUAGUGACAUUGUGGGAGUGACGGCGCGAAGGAUUGUGACAGUGACGCUAGUGUGGUAG